GGGCCUGUACCACCGGCAUUCCCACAAAGCUGUGCGGGGGAAACCAGCAGAGAGCCCGAAGCGUUGAGAAAAAGGAACUGGAAAGAAACAGAUCGUCUCUUCUCGACAAAAAUACCUUCUAAGAUAUUUUAAAAUGGCCGAUAACGAGAAAUUGGACAACCAGCGGCUGAAGAAUUUCAAAAACAAAGGUCGGGAUUUGGAGACGAUGAGAAGACAACGGAACGAGGUGGUGGUGGAGCUGCGGAAGAACAAACGGGACGAGCACCUGCUGAAGAGACGGAACGUCCCGCACGAAGACUUCUGUGAGGACUCGGACGUGGACGGAGACUUCAGAGCGCAAAACACAUCUUUAGAAGCAAUAGUGCAGAACGCCACCAGCGAUAACCAGGGAGUGCAACUCAGUGCGGUCCAGGCUGCCAGGAAGCUCUUGUCCAGCGACCGCAACCCGCCCAUCGAUGACCUGAUCAAAUCGGGCAUUCUGCCCAUCCUCGUGCACUGCCUGGACCGGGACGACAACCCCUCUCUGCAGUUCGAGGCUGCCUGGGCUCUGACCAACAUCGCGUCAGGGACCUCCGACCAGACCCAGGCUGUGGUGCAGUCCAAUGCCGUUCCCCUGUUCCUGAGGCUGCUGCACUCUCCACACCAGAAUGUGUGUGAACAGGCCGUGUGGGCCCUGGGAAACAUCAUUGGUGAUGGGCCCCAGUGCAGGGACUAUGUGAUCAGUCUGGGGGUGGUGAAGCCGCUGCUGUCCUUCAUCAGUCCCUCCAUCCCCAUCACCUUCCUCCGCAACGUCACCUGGGUGAUGGUCAACCUGUGCCGCCACAAGGACCCGCCCCCCCCCAUGGAGACCAUCCAGGAGAUCCUCCCAGCUCUGUGUGUCCUGAUUCACCACACUGAUGUUAACAUCCUGGUGGACACAGUGUGGGCGCUCUCUUACCUGACGGAUGCGGGGAACGAGCAGAUCCAGAUGGUGAUCGACUCUGGUAUCGUCCCCCACCUGGUGCCCCUGCUCAGCCACCAGGAGGUCAAAGUUCAGACGGCGGCCCUGCGCGCGGUGGGGAACAUUGUAACGGGCACAGACGAGCAGACCCAGGUGGUGCUGAACUGCGAGGCCCUUGCGCACUUCCCCGCCCUGCUCACCCACCCCAAGGAGAAGAUCAACAAGGAGGCGGUGUGGUUCCUGUCUAACAUCACUGCAGGAAACCAGCAGCAGGUGCAGGCUGUGAUCGACGCUAACCUGGUGCCCAUGAUCAUCCACCUGCUGGACAAGGGGGACUUUGGGACCCAGAAGGAGGCGGCCUGGGCCAUCAGCAACCUGACGAUAAGCGGCAGGAAGGAGCAGGUGGCGUACCUGAUCCAGCAGCAGGUGAUCCCGCCGUUCUGCAGCCUGCUGACGGUGAAGGACGCGCAGGUGGUGCAGGUGGUGCUGGACGGCCUCAGCAACAUCCUGAAGAUGGCCGACGACGAGGCCGAGACCAUCGCCAACCUGAUCGAGGAGUGCGGCGGUUUGGAGAAGAUUGAGCAGCUCCAGAAUCACGAGAAUGAAGACAUCUAUAAACUGGCCUAUGAAAUUAUUGAUCAGUUCUUCUCAUCUGAUGAUAUUGACGAGGACUCGAGCCUGGUGCCAGAGGCCAUUCAGGGCACCUACGGCUUCAACUCCACCAACGUGCCGGCUGAGGGCUUCCAGUUUUAGGAGGCGUCUCUGAUCCUGGAGUUCGGUGGUGGUGCAGCACUCUGUUCAACAAAAAUUAGAGAGAAAGCGAGCGAAAGAGUGAAAGGAAUUAGGUCCAUUGCGCUUGGCUCAUUGGGAUCUUUGGCUGCGUCUAAUGGGAGAGAAGUGUGUGGGUUUGGGUUCCGCCCAAAUGAACUUGCGAUGGCGAGUGGAUGCAAGUGCGAAUGAGUGGCUAAAUGUUGCAAAAACAUCUACAAACCGAACGCUUCGGAAGACCUUUCGCGUAACUAGCGGUUAUCCAGAGGGGUCUUACCAAACGGCAAAUAAACACACAAAAUGGCGACGUCUAUCGGAGGGAGCAAAAAGGCCUCGCUCUAACAAAUUGGAGGAAAAAAACCAAACUUAAAUGAAGAACCAUGUCAUAGUUGUGUGGUCCUGUGUGCGGGGGGCGGGGGCAGGUGCCCCGCGCGGCCGUGCUGAGUGACUGUGUGACUGGGCCCCUGCGUGUGAGUGUCUGGCCCCAAUGCGGAGGAACCGAGUUCAUCUCCUCUGACACCCUCCCCCCCCCUCCGGGGCCCCCCCACAGCGGGGUGGGGGGGGCAGGGAUCCAUGCCACGUGGCGCGUGUGCGAGAGAAUGAUGCAACGGCUGUGUGCGCAUACGUGAGUGACUGGCUGUGCGUUCGUACGUGACUGGGUGUGUGCGUACAUGGAUGCUUGAGUGACUGGCUGUGUGUUCGUACAUGACUGGGUGUGUGCGCAUACGUGAGUGACUGGCUGUGCGUUCGUACGUGACUGGGUGUGUGCGUACAUAGAUGCUUGAGUGACUGGCUGUGUGUUCGUACAUGACUGGGUGUGUGUGCAUACGUGAGUGACUGGUUGUGCGUUCGUACAUGACUGGGUGUGUGUGCGUAUGUGAGUGACUGGCUGUGCGUUCGUACGUGACUGGGUGUGUGCGUACGUGACUGGGUGUGUGCGUACAUAGAUGCUUGAGUGACUGGCUGUGCGUUCGUACAUGACUGGGUGUAUGUUCGUUCGUGACUGAGCUUGCGUUCGUACGUGACUGGGCGCGCGUGCGCGUUCGUGCGUGACUGGGUUUGCAUUUGUAUGUGACUGGGUGUGCAUGACUGGGCGUGUGUGCGUUCGUGCGUGACUGGGUUUGCGUUCGUACAUGACUGGGUGUGUGUGCGUGCCUGACUGGGUGUGCAAGGCCGAGGUCCUGAACGCAUGCAAAAACAGAAAACGCAACAGAGAGAAACGCAAACAUGGCAGGAGAGCUAAAAAAUAAAAUAAAAAAAUAAAUUACUUCAUUUUGUUUUGCCUGUAAGCAAAGGCUGAUUUAAAAUAGGAAUCCCAACAAGGAUGAAUGAGAAUUAAACUCUACAAACAGAAUAAGAGGAUCAUUGCAAGGUUUCAGAUGAGUAUUACAUUACACUGGAGGGUUGAAUUGGCAGGUGCAUUCAGUAAAGAUGCAUUCGCAGGUCUGGGAGUUAAAUCCAGUGUGUACCUUUUUAUUUGGUUCCUUUUUUUACUGCUUUUAUUUUCGAGGCUUGUGUAGUAGUGAGUAUUUUUAAGGAAGGUCCCAUUCUCCCCUGGUCCCCUGUACCCUAUAUCACACCACAUUCUCCCCUGGUCCCCUGUAC